AAUUAGCCAAAAAAUAUAUAUGUAGAUUAUAUAUUUUGCCUUUUUCUUGAUUUGAAGCAAACGACGCGGCGGAAGAAGUUGUUAGUAUCGUUUCAACCAGUGUUUCGUGCGGACAGCGCAAUGUUUCAUAAGCUCAAGGAUUCGUUUCAUCGAUUUAUACGCUACAUCAAAUGGCUGCAUAUGCUGUAUGAAUUGAACACAUAUAUAUCAAUGUGUGAGCCAUGGGAAAAAGUGUUUCUAAAUUGUCUUUUUGCAACUACCCUGGGAAUUAUUUUGUAUUCGACGUUUGCCUAUAUACCUGGCUAUAUGUUUACUAUUAUUAAAUAUAUAACACCGGCGUUAUAUUCUUCCUCUGCUGCGACGUUGACUCUAUCGGAACCGUUAAGUGCUAAAGAGGUUGAGUUAUGAUUAACGUAGAGGGAUGCACGCACACACAAACGCUCCUACGCUCACAUGUUAGCUUUUAGUUAUUUUUUAUGUCUGUUCGAAAGCGAAUAUUAGUAAAUAAAUUAUAUUUAUACAAUAAAAAAAUAAGAAAAAAUAUCAAA